GUCCACGUGAUAGUUUGCCGGUGUCUUUUUCGUCGGAGCACGCCAUUUGUCAAAAUGGACACAAAGCGGCAAGUUGCGUCGGGUAGAUUUAUCAACCCAUUCAAAGCGAACUGUCAAUCAUCAGCUUCACCAGAAUACAGCUGUGAAUUUGGAUCCAGCAAAUAUUUUGCACUCUGUGGGUUUGGCGGUAUCCUGAGUUGUGGUAUCACCCAUACAGCUGUUGUGCCCCUUGAUUUAGUAAAAUGCAGGAUUCAAGUAGAUCCAGCUAAGUACAAGAAUAUUGUCACAGGAUUUAAGCUGACCUUGAAAGAGGGUGGGCCAAGAGCUCUUGCUUUAGGAUGGGCUCCUACAUUAGUUGGGUACUCGAUGCAAGGACUCUGUAAAUUUGGCUUCUAUGAAGUAUUUAAGAAUGUAUACAGCAACAUCCUUGGAGAGGAAAACACAUUUUUGUGGAGAACAUCUCUAUAUCUUGCGGCCAGUGCAUCAGCAGAGUUCUUUGCAGACAUUGCGUUGUGCCCCAUGGAGGCUGUAAAAGUCCGUAUUCAAACACAACCUGGAUGGAGUAGUACUCUACGCACUGGCGUACCAAGGAUCAUGCAAGAGGAAGGACUUACAGGUUUCUACAAGGGCCUUGUACCACUGUGGUGCCGACAGAUUCCUUACACAAUGAUGAAAUUUGCAUGCUUUGAGAGGACUGUGGAGGCACUGUACAAAUUUGUUGUACCCAAACCCAGAAGUGAAUGCAACAAGGGAGAACAACUGCUCGUCACUUUCGUUGCUGGUUACAUUGCCGGUGUAUUCUGUGCUGUGGUAUCUCACCCAGCUGACACCAUUGUUUCCAAACUGAACCAGGACAAAGGCAGCACCGCUGUACAGGUAGCAAAGAAACUGGGCAUGAAAGGAUUAUGGAUGGGACUUGGACCCAGGAUUCUCAUGAUCGGUACACUGACUGCACUGCAGUGGUUCAUCUACGAUUCUGUCAAGGUCUACUUCAGACUUCCACGCCCACCACCACCAGAGAUGCCAGAAUCACUCAAGCGUAAAUUGGGCAAGACCGAUUAAUAUGUAGAGGCAUUAGGAAAAAAGUGAAUUGACAUUAGAUGUAUCAUUCAAACUGAAACAACUUCUGUGAUGGAACAUGAACAUUUAUUUUGAAGUGAUAGUGUAAUUUUCUAACAUAAGUUUGGAAAUAUGGCUAGAGUAUGAUAAGAGAUGUAUUAACAUUUGUUUUACUUUCUGACACUAUUUUCCUUAAUGGCCUUUCAAAAUUGAGAGGUUAUUGAACUGUUUUCGUUUCACUUUUGUUGUGUUUUUAGUUAAAUUGGAAAUUUAAGCAUACAGGUUUCUGUUUUGUUAAAUGCAGUGUAUAUCGCAAAUAACUUUGUCAUCAAGACUCUUGAAAACUAUGUUCCAUUUACUAUUGUGAAACCAUUUUAGGAACACAGUUUCUUCUACUGUACAUCAAGUUUUCUUCUGUAUGCACUAGUUUUGUAUGUGAACAGUAUAUCAGAUUUGCAGGUCAUUUCAUGGGUCAGUGUUUUAACAGACAAGGACUUCAGUAUUUAUAAUAAAAACGUUUUGGAAAAGGUGAUCUGCCAUAUUUGUUUUUAAUCACCAUUAUAUUUACUAAUGUCUAGGUUCUUUUGCUAUCCCUGGGACCUACUAAUUGUUGGUGUGGUUUUCAAGUGUACAUUUGUGAGAAGGAAAAGUAUGGAGAAUUGAGCUCAAAUAAAUAAAUAACCACUGAAAUUUUUA